UGCCGGUGCCGGCCCCGGUGGCGGAGCCGCGGUCCCUCCAUGCCGCCAUGGCCCCCGCCCGGCCCCGCACCGCCCGGGCCCUGGCCCUGCUGCUGGCGAUCGGCGCCCUCGCAUCCGAAUGGCCCCCCCAAAACGCCAGCGAGGCUGAGGGGCGAGGCCAGCGGUGGGACCCGGUGAGCGCAGACCCCCUGGGGGGGCCCAGCAACAGCUCCAGGUCCGGGGGGGCCGCGGCAGGGCCCCAGCUGGAGCCCCCGGGGGUGGGCGCAGCAGACAGCACGGACACGGCGGCGGUGCCGGAGGGGUGCGCGGGGUGCGCGGCCGAGGGUGCAGCCAGCGCCUCGCCCCCCAGGACGGGCCCGGCGGAGAGCGGCGGGGCCGCGGUCACCUGGGCCGGGGAUGGGGCCGCGGUGGCGCUCGGCAGCCCCGAGGAGCCGGGGAGCGGCGAGAGGCCCACGCAGGCCUCCCUGCGCAGCCCCGCGGGGCUCGGGGGUCUCACGGCCGCCCCUCCGAGCCCCCCCGGCCCCCCCGUGCCGGCAGCCACGGGGGACUCGGGGCGGCCCCCGGAGAUCCGGGCGGCCGCAUCCAGCCCGGCCCCGGCGCAGGGGGCCCGCGGCCGGACGGAUCUGACCUGGCUGCAGGAGCCUGUCACCGCCACCCCGCGCCCCGCCGAGCACCCCGCAGACCGGACGGCCUCGGAGAUCAUCGACGUCGACUACUACGACCUGUUUGAAGGGGGCGAGGGACUGGGGGGCUUCCCCGGGGGCGGCCGGGGGGCGGCUGGCUCGGCACGGCAGCGGGAGCAGGAUGGGGCAGCCACGCCAUGGGCCAUCCAUGAGCUCUAUGAUGACUUCACACCCUUCGACGAAGCUGAUUUCUACCCAACCACCUCCUUCUAUGCCGAUGGGGAUGAGGAGGAUGAGCUGGAGGAGGAAGAGGAGGAAGAGGAUGAGGAGGAAGAAGGGGGGCUGGAGGACGAGAAUGGAUACCGGCCGCCCACCUCAGCCCUGCCUGGUGCCCAGCCGGUGCCUCGGGGCCCCCGACCCACCGGCCGCCGCGACAUGGCCCCACCACAGCCCUCCGGUGUCGUGGGGGGCAGCCCCACGGCGUGGCCAAGGCCUGGGGAGCAGGGCCAGCCAGGGAAUGGCACCGAGUGCCGGAGCGGUUAUGUGCGGCACAACAGCUCCUGCCGCUCUGUUUGCGACCUCGUCCCCAGCUACUGCCACAACGGCGGCCAGUGCUACCUGGUGGAGAGCCACGGGGCCUUCUGCCGGUGCAACACACAGGACUACACGUGGCACAAGGGUACGCGCUGCGAGGCCAUCGUCACCGAUUUCCAAGUGAUGUGCGUGGCCGUGGGCUCGGCUGCCCUCGUGGUGCUGCUGCUCUUCAUGCUCACUGUCUUCUUUGCCAAGAAGCUCUACCUGCUCAAGACGGAGAACAGCAAACUGCGCAAGACCAAAUACCGCACCCCGUCCGAGCUGCACAACGACAACUUCUCCCUCUCCACCAUCGCCGAGGGCUCCCACCCAAACGAUGACCCCAAUGCUCCCCACAAGCUGCAGGACUCCCUGAAGUCCUGCCUGAAGGAUGAGGAGCCAUUUAACAUCCACAACUCGACGUCGCCCAAGCACGAUGGCAGCAGCGGCAAAGGGGAGCAGGACAGCAGCGAGCUCAACUGCCUGCAGAACAACCUGACGUGAGCAGGGCAGGAGAAGGAGAAGGCGAGAGCGGGAGCCAGCCCUCCCGUCCCCUGCUGUACACGUCUCCUGCCUCCUCCCUGUCUGGUAUCUCCCGUCUGGUAUCAUUUUCCCACUCCGUGGCAUGCUUUGAUGUGUUUUGUACAGAGGGAAACGGAAAUUAAUUAAUAAUAAUAAUAAUAAUAACAAAGCCAAAGGCUGCACAUGACCUUUGGCUGCGUCGUGGGGGUGUUUGGUUCGUGCUCCGUGUAUCUCGCUUGGGUUAGUUCAGCGCUGUGAUUUCUAAACCUUUGCUGUCCUGCAACUGACUUUUUUUGUACUUUGCCCCACUUUU